AUGCCUCGGAUAAGACUCUUUCCAGGUUAGUGAAUAUCGCUCCGUAUCAUGGCCCACGUGAGACACUUUCGGACACUAGUUUCUGGAUUUUACUUCUGGGAAGCCGCACUGUUACUGAGUUUGGUUGCCACAAAGGAAACGAACAGUGCAAGACCUCGCAGUGCUCCAAUGUCACCUUCGGAUUUUCUGGACAAACUAAUGGGGCGGACAUCAGGGUACGAUGCAAGAAUCAGGCCUAACUUCAAAGGGCCUCCAGUUAAUGUAACAUGCAACAUAUUCAUAAACAGCUUUGGCUCCAUUGCAGAAACCACUAUGGAUUACAGAGUAAACAUUUUUCUUCGUCAGAAAUGGAAUGACCCUCGUCUGGCAUACAGCGAAUAUCCUGAUGAUUCCUUAGACCUGGACCCCUCCAUGUUGGACUCCAUUUGGAAACCCGACUUAUUCUUUGCUAAUGAGAAGGGGGCGAACUUUCAUGAAGUCACCACAGAUAAUAAGCUGCUAAGGAUUUUCAAAAACGGAAACGUCCUUUACUCAAUAAGAUUGACAUUAACCCUGUCCUGCCCGAUGGAUCUCAAGAAUUUCCCGAUGGAUGUGCAAACCUGUAUAAUGCAACUAGAAAGCUUUGGGUACACAAUGAAUGAUCUCAUUUUUGAAUGGCAAGAUGAGGCACCCGUACAAGUGGCUGAAGGACUCACUUUGCCUCAAUUCCUAUUGAAAGAAGAGAAAGAUUUGCGAUACUGCACUAAACACUACAAUACAGGAAAGUUUACAUGCAUAGAAGUGAGAUUCCAUCUUGAGCGGCAAAUGGGCUACUACUUGAUCCAGAUGUACAUUCCCAGUCUUCUGAUUGUUAUUCUGUCUUGGGUCUCAUUCUGGAUUAACAUGGAUGCAGCCCCAGCUAGAGUUGCUUUGGGCAUCACCACUGUUCUUACUAUGACCACACAGAGUUCUGGAUCCCGGGCUUCCCUACCAAAGGUUUCAUAUGUCAAAGCUAUUGAUAUUUGGAUGGCAGUAUGCCUCCUCUUUGUGUUCUCAGCACUACUGGAAUAUGCAGCAGUGAAUUUUGUGUCAAGACAACACAAAGAGCUUCUGAGAUUUAGACGAAAGAGAAAGAAUAAGACAGAAGCUUUUGCACUGGAGAAGUUUUACCGUUUCUCAGACACGGAAGAUGAGGUGAGGGAGAGUCGGUUCAGCUUCACCGCUUACGGAAUGGGGCCAUGUCUGCAAGCAAAGGAUGGCGUGCUCCCAAAGGGCCCCAACCAUGCCGUCCAGGCAAUGCCAAAGAGCCCCGAGGAAAUGAGGAAGGUCUUCAUCGACAGGGCCAAGAAGAUUGACACCAUCUCCCGAGCCUGCUUUCCACUGGCGUUUUUGAUCUUUAACAUUUUCUACUGGGUUAUCUAUAAGAUUCUUAGGCAUGAAGACAUUCAUCAGCAGCAAGAUUAA